GUCCAAUUUCGAAGAUACGUUACAAAAUAAAUUACAUACCCGCCAUCAGAACAAAAGCCACCAUCUUCUCCAAAAUCCUCGACUUUAAAAACCCUAAAUUUCGUCUCAAAACCCUAAUUUAUCGCUUUUUUCUCUCUCCAAUUCUCUCUUCGAGUUCGAACCAUGGAAGACUCCUUCAAAGUUCGCGUCGACAAGAUAUUCGGCUCUCUAAAUUCCUCAUCUUCUUCGUCGUCUUCAGCUCCGCAUUCGUCGUCUCUGAGCUCGCUUUGGUGCCUAACCGACGGCGAAAUCGAGAGGAUUGAAUGGAACCGGGACAAGGGAAGUCCAGAACCGGAAUCGAGCUCACAAGCUUCGGUUUUCGAGAACCGUCGAGACGAGUCGGUUAGGAAAUCGAAUCGUGAUUACGGAAGUGAACUGGAGAAGGACCCAGAAGACCUUGAUGAAGACGACGAAAACGACGACGACGACGAUGAGUCACAGGGAUGUCGUUCGUCGAGAAGGUCUGGGAAGCCGGAGGAUUAUAACGACGAGGAGUGGGAGGUGAAAUCUUCGAUUGGCUUGGAUUGUACUCUCGAUUACGAGGAAGAGGAGGAUGAGUAUGACAAAGUGGCAAUCGGCAAGGAAAAGCCAGGGGAUCGCGUGUACAUGAGAGAUAUAGAAGACUACGGGAUUGACAUAGACUCUGGAGGCGAGCUUCCAAUUUCGUUCAAGGAAGUGAUUAGGGACCCGCGGGCGAAUCACGUAGCUGCCAAAAUCAGGCUCAAAGAGGAUGCAGAAGCUGCUAAAAAGAUUGAUUCUUUGCAGGUUUCUGAUGAAGACACGUCAUUGUCAACUAUGAAUACUGAAACCACCGUCUCAGAGGACGGACCUUCCAACCCGAAAUCAAUUCUCAAGAGAAAGGAUAGCCAGUUGGACCCUAGGUCACAUAAGCGUGUGCGUUUUGAUCCCGAAUGUAAAGAUAAUGGUGAUACAGAACCCGACCAUAAGGCACUAAAAGAAAGCUCUUUGGGGGAAGGGGUUGACGUUGAAAAUCAUGCUUCCGGAAUACCAGAUUAUUUGCGAAACCCUUCAAGAUAUACAUGUUACACAUUCGACUCUUCAAGUGACAUGGAUGAGGAAUCGAACAAGCAAGCAUACAUGGACUUUCUCAAGGUUUUGAAUAAGUCGAAUGCUAGUGUAGAAUUGCUGUCAAAGAAUGAGGACGCUCUUUUUGACCCUCCGAGGUCGGUCACUUUCAUACCAAGAAAGAAAGGGGGUGAUACUAGUGCGAUGGUAGAUAGGUGUACAGAAUUAGUGCAACAAGUUGGUAUUGGGAAGGAUAUCGGGGUCCACAUAGGUAGGCCAAUAGGCAUUGAGGUUGCGGAUGCCGAUGAGAGUGAUGCUUGUGCAAUGGAAGAAGAUGAACUGGAAACUGUGGAAUUCAAGAAGAGCGUUUAA